AUGGCGACUCCAGUGGACGAAGGGUUGAAGGUCGAAUCAGUGUCGCAUGUCGAGGUCCAAGAUGUCGAGCCUCAGACCGAUAUCGAACAGAAGGGAGAGUCUUCCAUCGAUCCUCGCGUGCUCAGGAAGCUGGGGCGGAAGGUCGACUUCCGUAUCAUACCAAUUUUGUCGCUGGUGUACAGUCUUUCAAUUAUAGAUCGAAUCAAUAUAGGGCAUGCGAAAGUCGUCGGUAUGGAGAAGGACCUGAGCAUGCUGGGCAAUCCAUCGGCUUACUCGAUUUGCCUCUUGGUCUUCUUUCCGGCAUAUAUGCUCGCCGAGCUCCCUGGUAACAUGGCUCUCGUCAAGUUUGGCGUGGCAAAGACCCUCGCUUUCCUUAUGUUUGGCUUCGGCAUCAGCACUCUUGCGCAAGGACAUACUCAGUCCUGGCCAGUCCUGGCAUUUUGCCGGGUCCUCGUCGGAAUCUUCGAAGCCUCUACGUUCCCCGCGGCAGUGGUGCUGAUCUCGGCAUGGUAUGUCAGGUAUCAAGCUCACCAGAAGCUGGCUUUGAUGUACAGCGUUGGCUUGAUCGCUUCCAGUUUUGCUGGCGUUCUAGCUUAUGGUCUGGGCAAAAUGGAAGGCAUCGGCGGCUUACGUGGUUGGCGAUGGAUCUUCACGAUGGAGGGACUUGUCACAGUCCUCUGUGCCGUGCCAACUUUGCUCUUCACCGUUGACUUUCCAGACAGGGCUCGAUUCUUGACGGAGCAAGAACGGACGCUGCGGAUGCAGCAGCUCAAAGCUGACAAGGGCGACGUCGAGACCGAGCAGAUCAGCUGGAAGAACUUGAAGGACCUCAAAGACUGGAGAAUGUGGCUGGUCACAUUCAUGUACUUCUGUAAUGUUUGCAUGGUCUACGGGAUGGGUUUCUUCGUGCCUUCGAUUCUGGUGGGGCUGGGAUACAGUGGACUGGACGCAACCUUGCACAGCGCACCUCCCUACCUUGUGGCCUGCGGCUUCCUCUGGAUCACUUCCUUCUUGGCCGAUCAUAUCCAUCGCAGACUUCCAAUCAUCAUAGUGCAGGCAUCGAUCGGUAUCACUGGCCUUGCGCUGAUGAGCCAGAUUCAGCUAGGUCCACAAGCUCGGUACGCUGGGAUGUGCCUGGCAGUUGCUGCGUGCCAGUCGAACAACUCCGCCAUCAUCAUAUUUGGCCAGAACAAUACCGUCGGGUCUGCAAAGACGAAUCUUGCCGCCGUCUUGAAUAUUGCCGGUGGCACCAUUGGAGGCAUCGUCGGUAGCACGGUGUACAUGGGUAAGGAAGCCCCGUCGUACACGACCGGCCUUUCCAUCACUAUGGCACUACAAGCUUGCCUUCUAUUGUCCUGUGCAGCCGUCUGGCUGGUGAAUGCUCGGGGUAACCGGCAGGCGGACAGAGGCGAGGUCGUCUUGAAUGGGGUCCAGGGCUGGAGAUGGACGCUAUGA